CAAGGACUCUGGAUUUUCCCUUCAAAGUCAUACCGACGCCAUUCCCCCUCAGUCGGUCUAGAUAAUUAGUCCCAAAGCGAAAAUGUCAGUGAUCGAGUUGGGAGACUCCAUCCCCUCGCUUACUCCUCAUGUAAGUCUCAAUUCCAGUUCUCACAGCUUGAACUUCACAUUAUGUCACUUGCCCCUCCUUGCAAACGAAACAACCAACUAACCAGAACCAGGGAACCAGUGUAUCUCUCCCAACAUGGGAUGAUAAUGUUGGCUAUGAGGAGGGCAAAGAGAGGGUCCUGAGUAAGAUGACAACUGGUUAUCCUCGGUAUGACAAUUGGUAUAAUUUUCCAUGUUGCAAUACUAGCUCACCCCUCGUCUAGUUUCUUCAUACACAAGUCAAUUGCCGCUUUUGCCGAAGAUAUCGUCAAAAAACAUGGAAAAGCCGGCCAGUCAGCAAUGUUGUUUCCUACCCAUCGAACUGCUCGAGGCUGUGUGAAAUUCAUGCUUCAGAAAGACUCAUCGAUAUCCAUCAACCAAUUAGAAACAUUUGGUCUCGUCCUUGACAAAAGCAAACAGAUUCCUGAUAGUCUGUCAAACCUAUCUCCCUCUAUAUCAGCAGUCGUCUUUCCUCAGGAAUUGUUCCCUGUCGCAAAGCAAUAUUGGCAACAUUCUGGUGAUGGCGUUUCAAGCAGGCGAGCCGAGUUUUGCCACGGUCUUUUCCAAGAGGGUAUUUUGACAGAUGAAAAGACUCUUCAACCCAUUUCGACCGGCGAGAAUGGAUUUCAAAAGGCCUGUAAGGGUCCAAAGAGAUAUCAGAGAAAUUCAAUCGAUACCACCAAGAAGAAUGGAUCUUCUGCUCCAACUGAGUCCAGACUGCCUCAUGACGUACCAGAAUCUCGUGAGAGUUCUCAAUUCUUGGAGGAGAGAUUCGGCCGCAAUCUUGAUGUUUCUUUAGUCGAGAAUGCCAAGUCAGCCAUUAGACGACGUAUAGCUGGAUCACUGAUGGGCGAAGAAGACCUUGCUGCAAUGAGGAGUUCAAGUCCCAGAAAGUCAGACACACGUGGUAUUACUGGACUUUCAGAGGAUGAUGUUUAUUUGUACUCUUGUGGCAUGAACUCGAUAUUCAACGCGCAUCAGAUGCUGCUUGAAUCUCGAGGUCAGAUGAAGAGUAUCUCGUUCGGAUUCCCAUAUGUUGAUACCCUCAAAAUCCUUGAAAAGUUUGGUCCUGGCUGUUUAUUUUAUGGCAACGGAUCGUCCGACGAUUUAGACGAGCUUGAAAAGCGUUUAAAAUCUGGCGAGAGAUAUCUAGCCCUCUUCUGCGAAUUUCCCGGCAAUCCAAUGCUCAAAUGUCCGGAUCUGAAGCGAAUCCGUCAUCUUGCAGAUACCUAUGAUUUCUGCGUCGUGGUAGAUGAGACGAUCGGUAACUUUAUUAACGUCCAUGUCCUGCCUCAUGCCGAUAUGGUAGUGAGCAGUUUGACCAAAAUCUUCUCGGGGGAAUGUAAUGUCAUGGGCGGGGGCACAAUUCUCAAUCCAAAAAGCAAAUACUAUCAGCAACUCAAGAAGUUUCAAGAGUCAGAAUACGAAGACAAUUACUGGGCGGAAGAUAUCAUAUUCAUGGAACGAAAUAGUCGCCACUUCGUCUCGCGAAUCGAGAAAAUAAACGAUAACGCCGAAAUCCUCUGUGACAUCCUUCGCGCCCAUCCGCUGGUCAAACAAGUAUACUACCCCAAAUACAACCCCUCAAAAGAGUUUUACGACGCAUGUCGCACGCCUAACGGCGGAUAUGGCGGUCUUCUAUCUUUCGAAUUCAAGACGAAACCUCAGGCAAUUGCAUUUUAUGACCGUAUCGAGACAGCCAAGGGGCCGAGUCUAGGAACCAAUUUCACCUUGAUAUCGCCGUAUGUGGUGCUGGCGCAUUAUCUAGAAUUGGAGUGGGCGGCACAGUUUGGUGUUCCGGCGGAUCUGAUUAGAGUUAGUAUUGGACUAGAGGAUGCGGAUGAUUUGAGGCAGAGGUUUGAGGUAGCUUUGAAGGCCGCAGAGAAUGCUGCGUGAGUGGACCAAAAAGGGGUGAUGUGUGAUGGUUUGAGGGAUGUCUAAAUGUAUAUUUGGGACUGGGGUAUUCAAGGAAAGCAUUGGAGGGUUCCGAUAGCACGAUGGACUCAAACACAAGUUUGAGAAGGGGCUCAAAAAGCACAAGGCUUCGGUUUUCUGAAAGGUUUUUGAGAUGUAUAUGGUAUUAUGAUGCAAUACAGCGCUACUACAAAA